AGAGGCGUAGAACCUCCUAAGGGGAACGCCUAUCUUUGUCUUGACGUAUACGCAUUUGUUCACUUGACUGAUUGUGAGGACGCAAAUGGCCACGUACGUCUGUGCUUACGAAGCAGAAUGGAGCAUUUAAUCGAUUAAGUCAGUUACCGAAUAAAGUGCAAUCGCAAAUUUGCGCUCGCGAGUGUAUAAACGCAAAUUACGAAUUCAUCACUAUAGGAUUGCAACAUGAUUAAGCGAGUAUCGUGUAAAUACUUGCAAAAAGUAAUCGAUAAUUGAAUUCAGAUCAUCCAUCAUAGGCGAUGUUGUGAUUUUCAUUGAAUGUUACACGAAGAUUUUUUAGGCCCGUGGGGCCUGUUAAUUAUAAUUGUGAUAGGAGUAGGAAUCAUCCUGAUCGCGUUGCUCCUGUUCGUCUGUUUUCUCAUGCCCGGUUGUAUCGGCUAUGAAUGCUUCAGAAAACAAAGCAAAGAGGUCAAAAGUGCGCCUCUGCAAACGAAGAAUCAAGAGAAGGAGAACUUAAAAUUAAAUGACGUCAGCUAUAGAUCUUGGAGACUCGGUAGUCUAUAUGAAAAUGACAAUAAUGGUACUAUUAGUGAGAAUGCAGAAUCUCAGAGAAACUCGUUCAAUUCUAUCACUGCUCAGUAUAAGAAUAUGGACUGUUCUUCUACACUGAAUUUGAUUUAUCCAGAUAAACAGAAAAAUGAUAAAAAGGUGAAAGAGUUUCCGAUCGAAUUGACAAUGAGCUUGCAAUAUUUGCCGCCCUGUGAUAAUAUUAUCCCCGGAAAGCUCGUUAUCGGUAUUGAAGCGCUGUGUGGCCUUCCUCCCAAACAAUAUAACGGUACAUUGGAACCUUACGUUGCAGUGAAUAUUAUGAAACAGUCAUGGAGCUACAAAAAGCGGCAAAAAUUGCAUAGUUUUAGAACAAGGGGCAUCAAGCAUACCGCCAGUCCGAUUUACAAAGAGACUUUUGCUAUUGCAAACACAAAGCCACAGGAAGCUAAGGAAUGGAUAUUAGAUAUCACUGCGUAUGAUCAUGACAGAUACGCAAAUCACACAGAAUUAUGUUCGCUUAAGGUAUUGCUAAAAGAUAUGAAGAAGAUAUUUUACAACCCGGAAAUUCACAUGUUUAAUUAUAAAAUGAAGCCGUCUUAUCAGGAAUUUGGCAACAUUUUGUUAGCUGUAAGCUAUCUACCCACUGCAGAAAGGCUAACUAUUAACAUUAUGAAAUUGCGCGAUAUUAAAUUUAUACCAACUGUGUUGAGUUUAAAUGAAUUUAAUCCAUACGUUAAAGUGUUAAUGUUAAACGGAAAGACGGGGAAAAAAAUGAAGAAAAAGAAGACCAAAUACUUGCGCACGAUUGCACAGCCAGAAUUUAAUGAGACUUUGACAUUUAAUUUAGCAGUUACACAACUCGAUACCGUCCAAUUUUUAGUGGUGCUUUGUAGCAAGGUUUUCCCGGAAGGAUUGCCUGCCAAUACCGCCGACGCUAGUGACAGUGAAGAUUCUGUCAGUUCAUUCAAAAGGUCUACCGAUACUUUUAUCGGUAAAGUGGCUCUUGGAAAAGGUGUGAGAGGUUCGACGGAAAGAUUGCAUUGGUUCUCAGUGCUUCAAAAUCCAAGGAAACUUGUUACUGUCUGGCAUACUUUGAAAUAAAAGCCAUUUGUUAUUUUAUUAUACAUAUAUUAUACAUGUUA